CUCAAAAAAAUAUUAUCAAUAAUUAUUUUUCUGCAUCUACACCUACUUGUUCAAUGUUCUUCGCGCUCGUCUUUUAGUUGUAAAAUUUGUCUACUUGUUUGUUGUUUUCCAUUGGCGAUUUAAAUAAAAUAAUGAAGUUCAAUAGCAUUAUUAAAAAUAGAACUGCGAAAAAUGGAAUUUUAUUAACGGCCUAUGCUUAUACAGCAAUGCCAGUGGUAUUAGCCAAAGAUGAACAAGAACCCAAACUUGUCAGACCUAAAGAUUUAUCAAUAUAUCCUGACGAAUCCAAAGAAAAGAAAAUUGAAAAAGAAAAUGAUUGGCAACCAACAUUAGCAUUAGGGUCAAUUCAAAAAGUUAGAGAAGAAAUUGUCAAUCUAAAUCAACAAUGGUCCAAACUCAAAGAUAGAGUAUAUAUUUUCAUUCAGACUGGGGCCAGCCACACAGAAUCUUUUGUGAAUGAUUUGAGGCAAGAAAAUAAUUCUACUCUUCGAGCUGGAUUUGUGGCUGGAAGUGGCUUAGCUGGCUUAUUAAUAGCAGCUAGAAAAGGAAAGUUUAAAAAACUCGUUUAUGCCACAACUGGAGCAUCAGCUGCAUUUUAUGUUGGUUAUCCAAAAGAAUCUGAAGAAGCUACUAAAAUCAUUAAACGUUAUUCCAUUGUUUCCUAUCAUUUGAUAAAUAAUGUAACCAAGGAUUUAACUGGUUUUGAGUUGCCACCAUUACCAUUACCAAAAGCCGAAUCCCAAUCAGACAAUUCUGAAGAAACCAGCAAACCUGAUUGGACAGAACUAUUCGUUUCAUUGUUUGACUAUGUGAAAGAACCAUUGGAAUCUUUAAAACAAAUGGUUUUUAAUGAAAAAAAUGGAACAGAUGACAAGGGCAAAUAACUACUCAAAAAAGUCUAUACAUAAUAUUAUAUUUGCUAGUACAUAGUUGUUACAAUAAACAUAUUUAGCAGUGAAAUGAGAUAUUGUUCAGCCUUUCAAACAGGCUUUAUUUAAUCUAGCAAUCACUUCUUCUUUGCCAAGUAUUACCAUUAUUUCACUAACACCUGGACCUUGCUGCAAAUAAGAAUGUAUAAAUAAUUUAAAUAAUUAAAAAUAAAUAAUCCAAUUAUAAAUUUACUAACCUUCAAUCCACUGAUAAGGUUGCGUAGCAUUUUCAUCAAAUUACUAUACAUAAUAUUGUUUGAUUUUGAAAAUUCUUUUAAUACCAUUCCUAAAUUAUCAAUAGUGAAAUCAUCUAUGUUUAUUAAAAGAUUUUUUAAUUUGAUUACUAUGUCUAUAAGAACAAAAUCAUAGUUAACUGUGUGUUAUUUCUUAAAUAAAUAAUUGUUUAUGUUA